CCAGCUCUUAUUGCAAUCGUUCUCCUCCGUUCUCAAUUUCACACCACCACAAAUUGCUAUAAUGUUCAGGUCGCUACUUACGCGCAGCAGCCAGUUCUCCCGAUCGGCCACACCGCAGCGCGUCUUGGGCCGUGCAUUUGAGAGCACCAUUGCAGAGCAAAAGCUGGUCACAUACCCGUACUUUAUCAACCGCACGCGCUUCCAGACGCUGCCCGUGUACACAGAUAUCCGCAACGCAGGAACGCGCACGCUGACGCUGGUGCGGCGCAUUGACGGCGAUGUCGAGGCCCUGCGUAAGGACCUGGCGGCUGCGCUGGAGGACAACACGAUCGAGAUCAGAAAGGUGUCGCGGCAGAUCGUGAUCCGCGGCAACCGCAUCAGCGAGGUGCGGGAAUGGCUGACCAAGAAGGGAUUCUAAAAGCCGUAGCGCGCUAUGGUUACCGAGCCCUGAAUUCUAUAGCGAAAAAUAAAACCUAGUCAUGGACGUUUCUGUUGUAGACCGCGGUCUAGCAAGCAACAUGUCAUCAUCGCCACUGCAGACAUUUCCCUUGAAGCAGCCGGAGAAGCACAUAUCACGUACACCUCGCGAUUUCAGAUUCUUUCAAUAAAC